CCGCCUCUAGCCAGCGACGGGUGAUGACGGCAGAUACCAGACAAACAUCCAGUCGCCCCAACCCGGCACCGCAUACGCCCGGUCCUCCAGCUCAGCAGUGAAGGCUCUGAGAGACGCCACGGAGGGGAAAGCUCCACCAUGAAGAGCAGGUUGAUCUUUUUCACCGCUGUGUUUGUUCUACUUCUGCAAGGAAACCAUGCAGUCCCCAAGUCGAAGGUCUGGUUGAAGAAUGGAAAGGACAGCUCCUCUGACCCUAAUGAGCCAAUGGAUCUGAGUCUAAAAGCUGUUGAUCCACCAGAAAAAGACAUCCUCACGAAGGCAUUUUACCCCGAAGUCAAGGCCUCCCGUGCCCAUACAGGUCCCAAGGAGGACCCCUUUUUCCACUUACGUUUCCAGCUGGAUGGGCCUGAGGAAGAUAAGGACCAAAUCCACCACUCUGCCAACGAGGAAGAUGUCAUACUGGAGCUCGAGCCGCUGAGGGCUCUUCUUCAUGAGACCCUCGUUGGGCCCGAGAAAGACAGGGACCGGUUCUACCACCCUGAAGACGACUAAGAAUCGGCUCCUCAAACCCCGAAACUCUCUAGAUGAGAGCAAGCUGCUUUCUGCCUGCUUCUUCUUUUUUCCUAACCUGAAUGUUGUGUCCUCAAACCUCCUUUAAUAUGGCAUCUUGGAAGGAUAAUGGGACUCUCCCUCAUCCCCAUCCCACCCUAUCUCCCAGCCCCCUCUGGCCUGGUCCAUCUUUCUGGCUUGUUCUUUUCGGGACUAGAAUACUGACCGUUUAGUAUACUGCGACGGCUUUCUGUAGAGCAGUGAGUUUCCUGCUGCUGUUGCUGUGGCUGCUGAUGAUGAUCAAGCUUCUGUGAGCCUAAAAAAUGCCAAAUAAAUGUUUGAAAGAUGAGCCAAGAAAGGGCAAGGAUCGAGAA